AUGUGCCACGGCAUUGGGAUUCGUCACUACGUACGCGCAUCUGUCUGUCACUUCGCACGCGCAGCCCGCGUAGCCCGCGCUUCCUCGCCAAAUUGCCGGUGCACCACCUCUACCAGCACGUCUUCCCACGGACAACAGAACCCCGACCCACCAGCUGCCAUGGCCACCACCGCCGAUGCUCUUUUCCGCGAAAAGCCCGUAGGCGAGCUUCGGAACUACCGCCUGCAGCUGUCGCAUGACAUCGCCAAGGCCAAAGAUCGCUUCGAGACGGAGCUGGGCCGGAGGUACACCGACAUGCUCGCGGUCACCGACCAGGUCGACGAGCUGUUGCAGCAGGCGCGGACCGCCGACGCAGAUCUGAUGGAGCUCUGCUUCAACGACGCCAAGUUCAAGCUAGCGGCGCUGCCCGACCCCGCUGCGUUCCACGCGGCCGCGCCCGCCGCAGCCACCGCGGACCCUGAGCUGGGCCCGGGCGCACAGCCCGACCUCGCCGGCAUUGAAGCCACGCUAGCCGUAUCCGAAUGGGUGCUCGCCGUCAAGGAUUUUGCGCGUGAGCCCGCGUUGCAGAAGCAUUUCGAUUCGCUGGUCCAGGGCUUCCACACAGUGCUGAGCCUGCACGACGUCUCACGGUACGCGUCCGUGCUGGCGCGCAAUUGCCGUGCGCUCGAGGACACGAUUCUGGAGCAGCAAGCUGAGUUCAGCGCGUCCCAGUGGGUCAAGCUACACCGCCUGGUGCACUCGCACGCGGAGGUGUUUCCCUUCAAGAGGGUGGACGAGCUUGACGCGCUUGUCUUUAGCUUCCUGCUGGCCAACGAGGAGCCCCUACGCGCCGCCGGAGUUGACGCUGAUGUGCAGGCGUUUCUGGAGGGCGAGCCUUUCAAGCUGAAGUUUGUGGAGCGCGUGCUUCAAGAUGUGGACGCGGAGUUCCAGGCACUGGAGGAGGCGGCCGCCGGCUCGGCCCCCACCCCCGAGCUCUACAGAAUGAACUUCGAUGACGGGUCACUCCUGGCGCUUGUUACGGAGGCCAAUCUUUACUGUUCGGGCGCUAUUUCGCCGCGCGACCGCGCGCUCUACGCGCUUGUGGAAAACAUUACAGCCCUGGUGCGCAAACUGCAGCGCUCUCAGGCGGACUCUGCUGUUAUCAGCAAAGUCAAAGAGAGACUUUCUGAGGUGCUUAUUGAACGGAGGAAGGAAGUUGUCGAGGCGCCAUCAGAUAACAGUGUUCUGCAGCUCGAAGCACUGCAAAAGAAGGGUGACACGGAAUUCGGGACAUCACAGCAAGGAGAUGCUGGGCCUGAGCUAAAGCAUAAGGAUGCGCCUUUAGAUAGCGUGACAGCGGCACAGAAGGGAGAAUCAACUGAUGUCGUUGGCAACGCAGCCCGUAAAACUCCUGUGGUAUCUACAGACGCAGAGGCUGAGGCUCACGAUUCGGACACCGGGGCUUCCAGCACAGAGACUGAAGCUCCUGGUGCAGAAACUGAGACUACAAGUGCAGAGACUGAGGUUGUGACUCCAAGCGCAGAGACUGAGACUCAAACUCCAAGUGCAGAGACUGAGACUCAAACUCCAAGUGCAGAGACUGAGACUCAAACUCCAAGUGCAGAGACUGAGACUCAAACUCCAAGUGCAGAGGCCGAAGCUACCAGCGCUCAAACUCAACCUCCAAGUGCAGAGAACAAUAACUACGAGAAAACAAUGCACAAAGGCAACAUCUGGCAACCUGUAGAGAGUCUGCCUCUCACCAGGGACAUCGUGCGAGCCGCGGUCCAAAAGCUCAACACUGAUAACUUACUCGCGUAUCUGGGCGGCCAAAUCGCCCAGGUUGACUCAUUCUAA